AUGGACCAUGAUCAUCUAUUUUCUCUCGGUGCACGAAACGAGUUCGUCGAGUACUUACGAGCCAAUCCUAAUGCUCGCCGGGUGUCGGAAACCGAUCAGAUCAACCUGAUCAAAUGGCUAAUCGACGCCACAACAUACCCUGACUCACAGCGGGAGUCCAGCCGUCGUCAUUAUGUCAGAAAGUCAUUCGCGUGGGACGCCGAAAAGCAAGCCUUGACGUCGCUACCAAAGGGGGAGCAGGGUAGUAUACGGAGAGUGGUUACGGAGGAUAAGAUAAUGGAUGUGGUAGGAGCGGUACAUAUGGGCAACGGCCACGCUGGCUGGGAUGCAACGUGGAAGGGCAUCAGCAGCAACUACUACGGUAUCUUGCGCGCAGAUGUUAUAUUCCUCCUGAAGCGAUGUGAGGUGUGCGCCUGGGAUCCUCGCAAGCGACCUAAAACCCGCCCCUCCAUAGCGAAACUGUCGGAUGUGGCGACUGCCGCAACAUCGAAGACUCUGAGCCUCGACGACCUUAUCCAUAGCGAACCGAACCCCGAUAUAGAUCAAGACGCGGACGAGCCGAACGAGCCGAACGAGCCGAACGAAUAG